AUGACCGAAAGCGUUGUCCUACUGUCUCGUACUCUUCCGUUGUUCGUAGAAAGAGAGAAUAAGGUGAUCGAUACAACCUUUAAGCUGGUCACGCAUCUUGAUGAUUCACUUUUUAUUGAAAUCAUCAAGGCCAAUACGCUGUGGCGAGCCAUUCCAUAUGCUCGUGUCACUCACCUAUUGCUUUCAGAAGACACUGAGUCUGUCCAGCCAUACUAUAAAGCGCGCGAAAAUACUCCGUUGUUCUUCUUUACGCUUUCGACGGAUUCUGAUGCUUUACAUUAUAUUAUUUCAAACAGCCACGAUGACAUCAAUUUCCUCAUUGAGCUUCUGCAACUACUUCAUACCCUUCCUUACCCCGGCCUCCCCCGAGCCUUGUUUGAAGCAGCUAUUAGAAAUCUUUCACCAGGCGUUUCAGAUAUCUACGAUCCACAGCGUCUGCCCGACGUUUCCAUGUCGCCAACACAGGGAUAUAGUCAACUAAUAAGCUCGUUUAAGCAAAGCUUUUAUUUUCAACAGAUUGUCUAUCAGUAUGGAUCUGGGCAACCCACUGCACAAGCCCUGAAAUACAUCUCCUAUUGGCCCGUUAUUGCCAUCUUCAUGGCAAGCUGCCUGGUCCUGCUCGCCACGGGUCCCUAUUCAAAUCAAUCUUACACCAUCCUGCACCUUUUGUCGAUGAGAACCCAGAACUUUAACUUUCUUCUAUCUCACAUCAAUACAAUAGUAUUUUACACUGCACCUGAUGAGACACUGGGCUAUAUCGAAGUCAUACAAAGCUCUUCUCUUUACAAGGAUCAGGCCAUUGUAUUACACCUUAAUAUGUCGUAUGUAAUUAACUACAUGCUCCAGUUUAAGGAAUUGUCACGCUUCCCGCCAAGCUACAGAGUCCCCGACCUUCUAUCAGUACCGCUAUUUGCAAGGAACAGAGUGGAUGUCCAAGAAUCGUCUCUAUUUUCUUUAUACACAAAAGGCGUGUUUUGCUCCCUCAAGGGUAGGCUCAGUGACAUACUCACAGAAUUAUCUGAUACUAUUCCUGCGUAUUUGGCAGCAUUGGAGCCACUCUCUAUUCUCAUACGAUCCUCAGUACUGCGUGGGUUUACUCUUGUCCCCGACAAGAUCCCCUCUCUAUGCCUUUCGAAUAUCCUGCAGGUUAUGGAGACAAUCUUGAACACCUUGACUUCACGCUAUAUGAAACUGACAGGCCACACGGAACAUACCUCACCGCCCAGUGGUGGGCUUGACGACCACGAGGAGGGCCGCAUUUCUAUCGUCUUCACUCCCGGCCUGUACGAGGGAGACAUCUCGCACCUUAUUAUCAGCGACGAGUACUCCAAGGCACUUGUCCUUCAGCACAUUCUAAGUUCGCUGUUCCUACCCUCACACCAAAAGGAGAUGCCGGUAUAUUACAGAAAAGCCCCACUACUACCCUCUAUCAUUAAAUAUAUAAAUCCCGACGGGACGCUCUCAGACCCAUAUCGCCUUGAUAUGACCAAGACAUCGAGCGACAUACUAGAUGGCAUUCCGCUGUCGCCGCUCAUCAAGGGAUCCAUUCUUUAUUUUAUUAUUAAGGCAGUGGCAGAGAUCAUAAUGUCGCCGUCGCCAAAUGUGCCUGAUGCAGUUAAGAUGUUACUGGCCAAGGCGACUGUCUCUGUUCGAAUAAACUACGGCCAGCCAUCUGAAACAGCCAGUGGUCACGACAAUAUAUUAACAGAAUUUGUUCUCUCACCCGAUAAUUCCGGUGGAGGGGAUGCAUCCUUGUUCCUGGACGCUCCUGGAACUCUCUGCCCCCUUCUGCACUUCCUCGUCGCUUCUCAGAAUAUCAACGAGGAGUAUGGGUUGUUAAGCGUUUUUGAGUAUUGGACGCGGAUUGGUAUCAAGGGCUAUCCUCCUGCAGUGGCCCUGGCUCCGGAUUUCUUUGCACAAGCAGCACAGAGGAACUACCUUCAACAGACACAGAAUCUUCUUGAUGAUAUUAACCAGAUGGUCAGCUUCUCUUCUACCGUUGAAGAAGAUUCGGCAUAUAGGUAUGUACCGCCCGCUCCAGUUAUCUUGCUCGACAUUAAUGUCCUACCCAGCAGCAGACAAGCCUUCAUAAACCUCGGGCAGGACAUGACGUCAAUUCGAACGGAGAAUGAGCGCUGCAUCAAAGAAUAUUAUGCAAAGCACGCAGAUACCCGCAGAGAGGAAUCCAUUGAGGAUCUUAUCAACAUAUCUGACAUGUUCUAUUAUUUCAUUCAAACCAAUUCUAUUGAUGACGUGUUGAAGAGAGGGGCACUUUGUGACAUCUCUUCUUUAAACGCAGAUUCUGCUCAGCUUGCUGCUCCAUCCAGCGCUGACGGCACGGAUCUUAAGCAGAAGUUCACACCGGUCCUGCACAAGGUGUCUCAUGAUCUUAUACAUUUUACUGAAGCAGCAGCUUAUAUCUCAGAGAUAGACAUCCACAGCAACAUAGGCGUGCUAGACACCACGGGGCGAUAUUUGGGCACAGAUAUAGAAGUGCAGACACCUGCAGAUUCUGUACGGGACCAGGCUCCCCUGUCGAUGAGCCUCACUGACCAACAAGACACAGCUACUCAGGCCAACUCCCUGCUUAGACCCAUCAUUCCCUCCCUAUCUCUUACUGAGACAUCCUUUGCCAAUGUUCUGGAAGUCAUUACCGUUGCAGGCUUACUCAGAUCGAUUCUCCAGCAUCUUACUGGGUUUGCACGAUACUUUAUCUCUUUAACCCUCAACGUCUUCUACCUCAAGCUGCAGUCUCUUAGCCUUCAUCCGCUGAUAGACGUCGAAAAAACUCUACGCUUUGCGGCCAGCUACUUUGCAUCGGUUGCCCCGGAUGCCCUUCCCCAGGACUAUCUAGAUUCUCUCAGUCAUGAUGUCUUUGCUUUGGUACAGGGACGCAUUAAUUUCAAGGACACAAAUGUGCCCGUUUCACGUCGCCAAAGCGAAAUCUUUAAUGCCUCCAAGGGCGAUGAUCUUAAGCCCAAUCUGCUCACCAAGCAGAUUUCUUCAACAUUCAAUCUUGAUAUCGAUCUACUAAAAAAGCAAUCAAUAUUUUUUGAUGUGCAAUAUGGGAUUGAAAAUCGGGAUAGCUUUUACGAAAACCCCCGUCUCCUCAUCGUACCGCACUAUCGCAUCAUGCUUGGUAUUUCUAAAUAUGUAUUUGAUCAUCAGAACGCCCCAGAGCGUCUCAACGAUGUGGAAAUCGACAAGCUACUCUCCAAAUAUAUCAACGAAGAAAUGCUCAAAUACGUUAAGAGGAGCGAUCAUACAUAUAGUGCUACUACCAAUGUCAAAUUAUUUGAGAAAACGCUUGAGGGUUUGCUGAAAACCGCAUACAAUUGCGUGAUAGAUAAUGGGAUCAUGCAUCUUUUCAGAUACGAUUUUGAUAGCAACGCGCGCCUGCCCAGCCGGCGCUAUGUAUCCCCAGACCUCAUCCACUCUGUUCGAGGGGUUAAGGUUCCUUGGACAACCUUGCGGAGCAUGUACCCAGAAUUUAUUUCCAUACCGAAUGCCGGUAUCCAUGUACCAGUUAACAAAGAGGUGGCGGACAUGAUCACACUGGAUCUUGGGUUUGUGCCGCAUCACGGACGCGCCUCUCUGAUGGCCUUCUAUAUGUCCAUCCUUCCUAGCUACAUUUCCCAGCUUCGAAACAAGUAUGUUAAUGUGCUCAUACAGCCAUCUGUUGAUAGCAUUGAGCACCCCUUCUAUCCCUGUGGAGAGCCGAGUACAUACAAGAAAAACCAGCUCCCUAAGAGCUAUGAGCUAGGUGGGAUUUGGCUUUCAUCUAUUCUGCACCAUAUUUUCAACAUAUCUCGCAUCCUAAUAACAUCAGCAGCAUACAACGAGCCCGUAGUGUCCAUCGCGCCCCUCGAUAGAGAUGAAAAGUGUUUGAUACUCCGCUGUAUUGAAGUGUCCUUCAGUCACGUUGAUUCAGAUAAACUGCUUGGCUUGCCAGAUACCCGGUCGAUACGAGAAGAUAAUGAUACUGUUAAUGCACCUCUCAAUUGCUCCCCAGAGAUCUCUCUCGUCAUCUCCGAAGUCCUAACGCCCGGCCUCGUCUGCGAAAUCAUGUCGUUGAUGGGUGAUUCAGAAUCCCCUGGUCUCCCACGCUCGGCUCGCUACACAAAUCCAUUCCAUUCCCUGUUUACCUUUAGGAUACUUUCGGUUGAAGCUCUUUUUGGCCACAUCUGCACCAAGCUAAAGCUUCAUACUUUACUGCCAGUCAUCACCUUCUUACGGAACACUCAGUAUGCUUUAACAAAUAGAAACUCAGCUGAGGUGGAACUAGAAGUGCCUUCUGUAUUUGCUCUAAAUGCCCACGACUCUCUAGAUUUGUUUGCCAAGGUGUGUAUUAGUGUGCUACGAGCAGAGUUUACAAAUAUCCCAGAUCUGAGUGCGUCAACAAGGCGCCACUUGAUCCGCACCAUCAACUCCUGCCCUUUUUUGGUCAUUGGAUCUGAAGCGAAAACUGAAGCACUUGUUUGUGCUGGAAAGGAAAACAGGAACCCGGUCAGUGGCAGGGUGUGCUUCAACAUAGGCACGUCUAAAGCUAACAGAGAUAUCUAUAAACGUGUGCGCGCUCUGUCACAGACGAGUCAAGAUCGGUUUGUGAUGCUGAACACGUUCUUGGCGGAAAAGCCUCUUUCUCACUACAGUAUAACACUCUUUACAAAGGUACCACUAGACAAUGGCUAUUGUAUAGGAUUUGGUUACAUAGUGGAUAAAAGCAUUAGCGACGUGUUCGUUAUUGACACUCCGAUCUUGAUGUGCAUUAUUAUUCCCGAUAACUUUGACUGUACUGCCCCUGAGCUAUUCGACAAGAGCCGCUGCCUCAUUAACGCCCCCGUUGUUGUCACGUCUAGUCCCUCAUUUAUUGAAAAUACGACCUUCUACGUCUCUAUUUCACAGGAAGACAUCAGAAAGGCUAACGAAAGCAUCACUGCGGAGCUAUCGUACCCCAUAGCCAAUGUAGACGGAACGAUCUCUCAGCUUAGAUACUUGGAGUCUAGAGUGCUUUCCUCAAUUGCUGAAUCCAUCCAGGCACUGCCUGCAAGGCUCCAGGCCCUGAGGUAUAGCUGCAGUGACAUACAGAGACGUCUGGGGGGCGAGAUUGACGUGUCCCUCCUUCCUAUGUCCUUCUCCCUCGGUCAAUUCAGUACCAAAAAAUACGUUGAGACAGCAUCCAUGCUUAGCUUCACGGAAACUCUUGCGUCCUCUCUCUUUGCUGCAAAUGUCCUCCCAAUCAGCAUAAAUUACGCCCUCUACCUCACUAAUCAAGAGAAGAUCCGGUUCCAGAAGAAGCCAGACAAUACAAAUAGAAAGCAUAUUCCUAUCAAUCUGAUGCUUCUUGGACCAGAGGAAUGCAUACUGCCAGAAUCUAUCUCACCACUUGUGUUCAUAAUCAAAUUGCUAAAAACGGAGCCUCUCGAGAAGCUUGUACAGAUGAUAGACAAAGAUAAUACGGGCAAAAUUCUCUUAGCACUAGUGCCCAUACUCUUGGUAGAUAAGUUCAGCCUCCAAUUUUCUAAUGACUCUUUAGAAGUCAGCGAGAAAAUUAAACAGCAGGCCGAAAUCGAGAAGCAAAACAGACUAGCUGAGACCACGUACUCCCUCUUUGAUAUGUCAAUAAUUGAGGAGCAUGUCAGGAAUACGGUGAACGAGGUAUUCGGUAAAAACUUUGGCCCCACAAAAAGUACAGAUGCGGCAGCAGACGAGCGUGUCUAUGGUCCAUAUCUAUAUUUAGGAUGCGACCCCACGAUAUGGAAGCGGCUAUAUGAUGCAAUCCAGCGCAGUGCUCACAAGGCAGCCUUUAAUUCGCUGGUCACAACAUGCAAUCCAGCGACGAUUGAGAAGGGUAUGUCGAGCAACAAAAUGGUUGCGUCUAUGAGUCUUCUGAUUGGGGCCAGGUUGAGGUAUGACAUGUCUUUGGGGAAGGAUGGCCUGAUAGACUACAUUAACUGGAAGAAAUCGUACUGCAAGCCUAUGGAGAACGCUACAUAUUGA